AUGCUCAUUGAGGAGCUAAACCAAGGAAAUCUGUCAAUAGGUCUAGAUCCAUCAACUCAAGUUAUCAAAGAAUUUCCAGAACCAACAAUCGAAGAGAAAAAUGAACAAUUAAAAAAUGAUUUUUUACAACCAUCACCAGAAUUAAAUUGGGAGUUGUUAGAUCUUUUACAAACUAAAAUAGAAGUAGAUAAAGAUAAAUUAAUAGAUAAGUUAUUAAUAAAUCCAACAAGUUUAAAUCGUACAAAAUUUAGAUUCAAAAGAUCAGGAAUUGAAGGUAAAAUUUCAGGUUAUCAAGAAGAAAUCAAUUUAAAUGAUUUAAAUAGUUCAGCUUCAAAUUCAUUAAGUAUAAAUAGAGAUUAUUCCUCGAAAUCUGAAAGUUUAAGAGGUCAGUCCGGUUUUUUACCAUUUCAACCUGGUGGGUUGAUACAACAACAAACUCAAGAAGUUAAAGAUAAUACUGCAAAUUUACACAGAAAUGAAUUUGGUUUAUUCGAUAUACCUCCUGGGUUUGAAAGAGGUUUAGAAGUCGGAGGAACACAAACAGAAUUAGAUUUAGAUGAAGAAGAACAAGAUAUAGAAGAAGAUACAUCACCUAUGAAUCUACAUAAUGUUGGAGAAGAAAAAGACAACCAAAAAAUUGAACCUAAACAGAUUCCAUUUGACUCUUCUGAAAUUGAAGGACUAGUCCCGUUUGAUUAUUCAUCUUUCAAAUAUGAUGAAAAAAAAUCCAAGGAUAAAAGAGCAUGGGCUCAUGUUGUUGAUUUAGAUCACAAAAUAGAAGACUUUAACGAAUUAGUGCCGAAUAUGGCAAGAACUUGGCCAUUUGAAUUGGAUACUUUCCAAAAAGAAGCUGUAUUCCAUUUAGAACAAGGUGAUUCAGUCUUUGUAGCUGCUCAUACAUCAGCUGGUAAAACUGUUGUUGCAGAAUAUGCAAUAGCUAUGGCAAAAAGAAAUAUGACUAAAUGUAUAUAUACUUCCCCAAUCAAAGCAUUAUCAAAUCAAAAAUUUAGAGACUUCAAAGAAACCUUUAAGGAUGUUGAUGUUGGAUUAAUCACUGGUGAUGUUCAAAUCAAUCCUGAAGCAAAUUGUUUAAUUAUGACUACAGAAAUUUUGAGGUCCAUGUUAUAUAGAGGAGCAGAUUUAAUUAGAGAUGUUGAAUUUGUUAUAUUUGAUGAAGUUCAUUAUGUAAAUGAUAUUGAUAGAGGUGUUGUUUGGGAAGAAGUUAUAAUUAUGUUACCUGAUCAUGUCAAAUAUAUAUUAUUAUCUGCUACAGUUCCAAAUACUUUUGAAUUUGCUAAUUGGGUAGGUAGAACCAAGCAAAAAGACAUAUAUGUUAUAUCGACACCAAAAAGACCAGUACCUUUGGAAAUAUUUAUAUCUGCUAAAAAUAAAUUAUUUAAAGUUGUUGAUUCCACUAGAAGAUUUGUUGAAAGUGAAUUUAAAGCUCAUAAAGAUUUGUUAGAGGCAGGUAAUGCUAAAAAGGAAUUACCAUCAACGUCAAUGGGUUAUGGAAGUAGAGGUGGACCAGGUGGAUCAGCUAGAGGUGGAAAUAGAGGAGCAGGUGCAAGAGGAGGUAGAGGCGGAAGAGGAGGAAGAGGUGGUUCUACAUUAAUGACAAAUAGAGGCAAUUUCACAAAUCCAAAAAGAGGUACAGAUGGACCAAAUAAAAACACAUGGCCAGAUUUAGUACUGUAUAUGAGAACAAAUAAUUUACUUCCAGCAGUCAUAUUCGUAUUUUCCAAAAAGAGAUGUGAAGAAUAUGCUGAUAGUUUAAGAGGUGUUGAUUUUUGUAGUGCCAGAGAAAAAUCUGAAAUUCAUAUGUUUAUAGAUAGAGCAGUUGGAAGGUUGAAAAAAGAAGAUAGAGAAUUACCACAAAUUAUGAAAAUAAGAGAAAUGCUUAGUAGAGGAAUUGCUGUACAUCAUGGUGGUUUAUUACCAAUUGUUAAAGAAUGUAUUGAGAUUUUAUUUGCUAAAACUUUGGUGAAAGUUUUGUUUGCAACUGAAACUUUUGCAAUGGGGUUGAAUUUACCUACAAGAACAGUUGUCUUCAGUUCCACAAGAAAACAUGAUGGUAGAGGAUUUAGAAACUUGUUACCCGGUGAAUUCACACAAAUGUCUGGUAGAGCAGGUAGGAGAGGUUUGGAUGCAACCGGUACUGUUAUUGUUAUGGCUUAUAACGAUCCAUUAUCUCCUACAGAUUUCAAAGAAGUUGCUUUAGGAACUCCAACUAAAUUAUCAUCACAAUUUAGAUUAACUUAUAAUAUGAUUUUAAAUUUAUUAAGAAUUGAAGCUUUGAGGGUGGAAGAAAUGAUUAAACAUUCAUUUAGUGAAAAUUCAGCACAAGUGCUAUUACCAGAAAAUCAAAGAAGACAUGAAUUUCUUACUACCAAAUUAAAAAAUUUACAAUUAAGUUCAUGUUCUAAAUGUGAUAUGGGAAAAGUUGAAGAAACUUGUAAAUUAAUGUUUGAAUAUGAAAAAAUAUAUGGAAUGUGUGUACAAGAUAUUCAUAAAUCUCCGAUUUUGAAAACAUUACUACUCAAAGCUGGAAGAUUGGUUAUAUUCAGAGAUAAAAAUCAAAAUUCAAAAGUUGGAUUUGUUGUAAGAUCAGAUAGCACAAAUGAAAACAUCAUGUUGGUGACUUUUGAUCAUGGGAAAGAAUUCGACACUGCACAAGAUCAAUACAAAAUGCCAUUUUUACCAAUCUAUGAAUACAAUAUGAAACAUUUCCCUAAGAUUAAAUUUAAUGGAAACUUUAAAGUUACUCAGAUCCCAUUUGAUUGUAUAUAUUUUAUUGGCAGAUUAUCUUUGAAAAUCAAUAUGUCAAGUUUAAUCAAUGAUGAUCCAGAUUCUUUGACUGAAGCUACUAGUCAAAUCAAAGAAUUUCUUAGAUUUCAAGCUGACUUUACUGAGUUGGGUUUAUCAAAUAGCAGACAGUUAUCAUUGCAUGAUUUAAAUAAUGAAAAAGAAAAUAUAUUCAAAAAGAUUAAAGAACUUCGUGGCUACUUGUGUCCAGAUUUUAAACAACAUUACAUAGAAUAUAGACAGCGUCAUUUAGUAGCUCAAGAAAUUGAAAGUUUACAAAGAUUAAUAUCAGAUGAAAAUUUAGAUUUAUUACCAGAUUAUGAACAAAGAUUAGAGGUUUUAGAAACACUUGGUUUUAUAGAUGAUCAGCAUAAUGUUGUAUUAAAAGGUAGAGUUGCAUGUGAAAUUAAUUCAGGUUGGGAAUUGAUCCUAACUGAAUUGGUUUUGGAUAAUUUCCUUGGAGAUUUUGAGCCAGCUGAAAUUGUUGCAUUAUUAUCUUGUUUUGUAUAUGAAGGUAGAACACAAGAAGAUGAACCACCAUUGAUUACACCAAGAUUAGAAAAAGGUAAAAUUAAAAUUAAAGAAAUUGCAGAAAAAUUAUUAAAAAUUUAUAUUGAUAAAAAAGUUUCAUUAACUUCGGAAGAAGAAGAUUUCUCAGAAAGUAAAAGAUUCGCAUUAGUUAAUGUUGUUUACGAAUGGGCUAACGGACUAAGUUUUAAUGAAAUUAUGCAAAUUAGUGUUGAAGCGGAAGGUACUAUUGUAAGAGUUAUAACAAGAUUAGAUGAAAUUUGUAGAGAAGUUAAAAAUGCUGCAUUAAUUAUUGGUGAUUCUAAAUUACACCUCAAGAUGGCUGAAGCUCAAGAGAAAAUUAAAAGAGAUAUUGUAUUCUGUGCAUCAUUAUAUUUAUAA